CACACCUGCAACGAGGAGGCACGCCCCGCUGACCUUGGGACACCCCGCAUGCCCCUCGCUCCACAGCUGGCGGCACCACCGCCGCUGCCGGGAGCAUCGGCCCAAACCUCUUCCGGCAUACAGUCAGCAAGGGUACCCGCGGACAUCUCCCGGUGACUGCAAGCUGUUCCCACUACCGUCUCUUGCAAGGCGUCUUCUCAAGAGGUUACACACCCAAGUCGUCUUGUCUGCCACCGCCGCCCAUCUCUUCCUAUAACAAGGACGACGCGGCCAUCAUACGUCUGGCGGCUGUGUACCAGCUCCCAGCCGCGCACCGCGGCCGCUCAUUUUGCUGGGUCAGCAGUUUUUCAACCUCCAUUGCGAGUCCUCCGAUGUCAGCCCAUCCCUCACCUCUCACCGCCGCUGUGGCCGCGGCCGAGGUUUCCUGACGCGCCUACAACGACUGCACGUCACCCAGGGCAUCACAAGCCGUCGCCCUCUCCACUACAUCUGCUGAUUAAUCUUGGCCGCAGAAUUCGUUCACCCCCGGGUUCGUCUGCAUACUUACAACCCACUCAAGGUUCAAGGACACCCUCACCAGCAUCCCCUCGCACCAGCCGCAGUAUUACAGGCUCAAAAUCAUGAUGUUGCGUUUUCUGACCAUCUUGUUGUCCCUUGGCUCCCUGCUUGCAACAACACCCAUCCACCUGAAGCCUGGUGCCCUCACGGCACACAUAGGAGAGGUCUUCCUCAUAGAAGAUGUGCUCCUCGUAAAAUAUCCAUAUACUUCCUUGACCAACACCACGGACACAAUCAGGAUAGUCUCAGAAAAACUACUCGGCAUGGCAGACGCCAUCCGGGCUACCAAGACUAGGGAAUCAAAGGCUCCUUCUAGUACCAACUCUCUGACUCUUUUUCAACUACUGGAGGAUAGGAUUCUGUUCUUACGGGGAAAAGUUGAUGAGGUAAACAUGGAUUAUAGUUUUCACUCAGUUCACUCUCGGGUAAAGAGGGGGUUGCUCAACAUCGUUGGGUCCGCCUCAAAGUUCCUUUUCGGUACGGCUACCGACGAGGACGUUCGCGAUUUGCGGGACCACUACGCUCAUGUACUUUCCUUUGCUGCUAGAAGUCGCAGGGUGAUCAACGCCAAUUGUAGAAAACUUGCGCAAUUGCAUACUAACAUUGACGAACUGCUAGAGCAGACAAAUAAGAUGGUAGAGGUUAUCAACAUAGUUGUCAAACAGAUCGACCAGGUGAAUCAGUUUCUCCUCCUAGAUCAGGCCUUGCAUGUAUUGGAAAACGUCAUUAACUCCGUCGCAACGGCUAAUCAGCAGGUUAUUAGCAACAUGGUUGAUGCAGCGCACGGUAGAGUCACACCUGCCUUGUUCCCUCUACACGAUUUGAGAACGACUGUCCAGAUCGGGUAUCAAAAUUAUAGCCUGACGCCUUUAUUCACCCCGGACAUGAGUCAAUAUUUUUACCCCUUGAUUGAGUCCAGCCUCACCCAUGAUGCCAUAAUCAUUCAUGUUCCCUUUCAGACGGCGGACGUGUUUGAGGCACACGAAAUUGUCCCGUUCCCUUUUUCAGCUAAGGACAGUGUGUUAGCCCUGGACACGUCCCCGUCUCUUGUUCUAAUCGCGAAGGAUUUCGCUCUGUAUUCAACGAGUAGCUACUCACUCUUGCAGUAUUGCAAGGAGACGGUCUUCGGGCGAUUCUAUUGCUCUGCGUCUCUCUUUGCCUUCCUUCCAGUUCGGGGAGGGGUAUGCGAAAUCGCCCUCACCCGCGUGAACGCGUCUGACGCUCUUUCCCUGUGCCCUUACAAGCAGCUAACACCAACGCCUGUUUUCCAUAAGAACUUUCAGGGUCUGCAUUAUUUUAUUUCCUCAGUCCUUCUAUGUAUCGGUCAUCUGCCCGGAGGGUACCACUUAUCAACGGGUUACUGGUCACUAUGCCAUAGCGGAAGCAUGCUAUAUCCGCUCCACUAACAUAACAACGUACCCGUCCCGGAUUCGUCUGGUUUUCACGGCCAAUAUUUCCCAUCGAGUGUUUCCUCUACGGUCUCUCGAUGACAUUCAUUUCUCCAGCAUCUCUUAUGUGACUAAUUCCCUUAAUUCAUUGUCUUUCGCGAACAAAACAGAGUUUGCGGAAACCCUGGAGGAAACGCUGCCUGAUUAUUUGCAUCUCCCCUACCUGUACCCUGGAUUUUGUGUACCAAUGUUUCUGAUGUUCGUCAGUCUCGUCGUCAUGUGCUACCUUAUUAGGAGAAACUCUGUCCUGCACGAUUAUUUGGUUGUGCAGACGCGGCGACUGGAUGCCGGGAGGCCACUGGCAAGGUAG